AGACAACUGCACUGCGGGACAAUCAGCUCGUGUCCGUGGGCCUGAUGAAGAUGAAGGUGUUGUUGUGCUUGGUGGUCGCGCUCGGCGUCUCCCCCCCCGCUGACUGUCGACCAGCCGACUGCCCCGCCAGCUUCCACCGUCUCCUCCCCCGACCACUGCUGCUCCACCUGGGGGAGGAGCUGUCCCUGCGAGUGGGUGGAGGACCCCCCACCGCUGCCUCUCCAGGUCUCCUCCCCUCCUCUCCGGCAGUGAACAGGGUCCUGGAGGUGGAGGAAGGGGCCGGAGGGAUGGGCAGGAGGUCCGAAGAGGCUCCCAUCUCUCUGGAUCUGACCUUCCACCUGCUGAGAGGAGUUCUGGAGAUGGCCCGGGCCGAGCAGAUGGCCCAGCAGGCCGACAGCAACCGCAAGAUGAUGGACACCUUCGGAAAGUAGUCCACCGGUCUGAAGGUUGUGAUGGCUGACCGCUUCGCUCUCACCCAUCAGUUUCAUCCGCAUGUGUUACACACACAUCUACAUAUAAUGACUGUAAUGAACUGAGUAGAAUCUAAAGGAGGAUCUGAUACACUGACGGUGAACAUUUGAUAUCAUCAAUAAAACGUCCUGCGCUGCUUCAAA